AGUGUAUGGAUAGCGUACUUGUCGGAGGGAUUACAUCGUAUACCAGGAGACGGCCUUGAUGAUUUAUUCAGUCCUCACAUUACAAGAGAAAGCCCUUCCAUAUGGGAUGACGAGCAUCAGUCCCUCAUCCACAAGGCAUAUCCAGUCGCUGUACAUUCUCACAACGACUACUCGCAACGAAUCCCCCUCUUCCAAGCUCUGGGCUCAGGCUGCAUCAGUGUCGAAGCCGACGUACAUCUCCGCAACUCAGAUCUCCUCGUCGGCCAUCAUAAGUCCCAGCUGCAUCCCAGCAAAAUUCUGCAAACCAUGUACUUGGAUCCCUUGGAACGCAUCAUAAGAGCUCGGAACCCCCGUACAAUCACCGGCGACUGGCGGAGUAUCUUUGAGCUUGCAAGCAAUCAAACUCUGGUUCUUCUCGUCGACCUGAAGACCGAAGGAACGAAGACACUUGCCAUGCUGGUGUCGCAACUACAGCCAUUGAGGGAUCUUGGCUACCUCACACACUGGAACGGCACUGCAAGAGUGAUGCGUCCGUUGACAGUCGUCGGAACCGGCAACACUCCAUUUCUCAACGAAAACACCUAUCGGGACGUCUUCUGGGAUGCUGAGCUCAGUCAGCUUGUGUCCGAACAAGACACGGAUGACUACUUUAUCUACAACGUGUCGAAUUCGUACUAUGCCUCUACUCAGUGGAACAAAGCACUGUCGCGAGACGCCAAAACAAGAUCUCAGAGCAAUAUUGCUUUGCAAAUUGAGCGUGCAAAAGAGCGAGGCCUGUUAGCACGGUACUGGGACACACCAGCACAACCGCCGAAUAUGAGGGAGCUGGUGUGGAGGAGGUUGAUCCAGAACGACGUAGGUGUGCUGAAUAUGGACAACAUGGGCAUAGUGAGAGACAGAGCCCAAGGCUGGGGAAGAUUGAUAAGGUGA